AAUCAACUGACGUGAGCCGAAAAUUGACAGCAUCAGUUUGUGAUACAAGGAAAAGCUUAAACGGCUGCAGCAGCAGCAGCAGCAACAGCAGCAACAGUAAUAGCAGCAGCAACUUUGGCAGCUGAUGUUGCCUUUCUCUGCAGACACGCGUAUACCGUUCUGUUGACAACAUGGUCAAUUUGGGAUUUACCAGGAUGUUAUGCAUCGUCUACGUUUUAUGUGCGAUCGCUUGUUGCACAGGAAAAAUAGAAUUUGUUCGCUAUCCACAAAAUGCCGUUGUGAACCUCGGUCAAUCAUCAUUCACACUAAGCUGCCUUGCAAAAUCGCCACAAAAAAAUAAACUUCACUACGAAUGGACACUGAAUGGCCAUGAUGUCCGUAGUCAACCUGAUGGUCGUGACCAGACAGGCCCUUCAUUAGUUCUGCAUAAUGUUCGCCACGGUGAUUAUGGCUGGUACCAAUGCAUUGUCAGUGAUCCAGUAAACAAAGAAGAGAAAGUGGUGUCCCCCAAGGCAUAUGUCAUUCAACCAUUUCUUGGCAGUUUUCAAAACCAUCCAGAGUCUGGUAUAGUGCGUGUUGGGGAAUCCGUUGCUCUAAGCUGUUUGACAGGAAGAAGUGUGCCUCCCCCUCGAGUCUACUGGGAGAAAGAUGGGAUUAUUUUCAAAAGUGGCACCCAGAAAUACGAAACCACAAAAAUAGUUGGUCAGCCCCUUAUCACAGUAACAAAUAUGACUUUGGAUAUUACCGCUACCGAUGCCGUGUCUGGAGAAUACAUCUGUGUUGCCGAGAACAACAUGACUGGAGAUAUUUACAGGAGUGACCCAGGGAGUAUACAUUCGGCAGUGUUCUUACGUGAAUUUAACAAGGAACCCGAAGACAUGACCGUUCAGUUAGGGGACCGUGCCAAACUAGCAUGCAGUCCACCCCACAGUGUGCCACCGGCCACAGUCACAUGGUACAAGGACAAUAAAAAGAUAGACUUCAAUUCUGACUUCCUGCCAGAAGACAGUGACUGGGAUAUGAAAUUUGAGAGUGUACGCUACGACGAUUCUGGGGAAUAUUUCUGUGUCGCCUUCAAUAAUUACACUUUACCGCAAACACGGACAUCUCUGACUGCCAUCUUAUCAGUUGUGGGUCCACCACAAAUACUUGAAGCGCCAUCAAGCCAAAAUGUUAUCCAGAAAAUGUCUAUGAAACUUGUGUGUAGAGUGGAAGGACAUCCAAUUCCAGUGGUCAGCUGGUACCAUAAUGAUAUGAAGUUGUCUGCAACUUCUAGAAUAUUUCUAAGGAACUCAAAUCAAGAAUUCUGGGUAACCAAUGUGAACAAAGCAGAUGAAGGAGAAUACAGAUGUGAAACUUGGAACAAAUACGGGAACAGGUCUGCUGUGGCAACAGUCCAUGUGGCUGUUCCACCUGUGAUAUUGCUACCAAUCGGACAUGUUAUUGCGGAAGAAAAUUCUACCAAAGUUUUGAACUGUCAAGUUUAUGGUGACCCGCACCCACUGGUUUUUUGGGCUAAAGAUGGGGUACCAUUGCUGACGAUCAAUAGCAGAUUAAAAGUUUUAGACACCGGACUAAAGAUCAUCAAUAUCUCCCAUGCUGAUGAAGGAAAUUACACCUGUACAGCUGUAAAUGAUGCUGGCAACCAAUCAACUACAGGUGUUCUUUCAAUUGAAGCUCCUGCCAAAACACAAGUUUCCCAUAGGGCACCAAAGAAGGAUGGUCCACAUUUUGUGAAAUACCCUGUAGAUACAGUGUCUCAGAUAGGAGAACCUGUGACGUUUUUAUGUGACACAGAUGAUGAACCAAAACCACAUAUUUAUUGGACAUUCAAUAACACCGUUUCUUUUCCCCCAACUGUAAAUAUAUCCAAAGAUGGACGCAGACUCCACAUCAAAUCAAUGUCAUGGAAAGAGAUCGGAAAAUACAUGUGCUUUGCUGAAAAUGUACAGGCUGUGAGAAACAAAACAGCCCAUUUAUAUUUAAGAGAGAGCGCUACUACACCCAAACCUGUAAAGAAAUCAAGGAACAAGUCACUCAACAAGGGAGUGCCUUCAAAAAUACUUGGCAUCAUGGGUAAUACGAUUUUAGCAGUGGAUGACACUUUAGAAUUGGUGUGUAAAACCAGUGGCUUACCAUCUCCCAGGAUUUAUUGGGUACAUAAUGGCAGGAGAAUCAAAACACGUGCUGAUGGUAGGAUAAGGGUAUUGUCUCCAAACAAACUAGUUGUAAAGUUUAUCACAAGACAUGAUACAGGUAACUACACCUGUGUGGCUGCCACUAGAGUUUACAAUGUCUCCUCUACAGUUCCUGUUUGUAUUGUUGGCCAACCUAAAGCACCAACUUUGACCAAACUCUAUGCGACUUCAUCGACUUCCAUUAUGUUGGAAUGGCAACCUGCUGAACAAGAACCGUUUACCAAUGUUACUGGAUACAUUAUCAGUUACAAACCGGAAAGCUUAUACAAACCCCAGUUCAAAAAGUACAUGGACAACAUUCCUAGUUCUGUGACUGCUCAGCUAGUAACCGGGUUGGAGCCUGCCAAGACCUACGUGUUUACGAUCACAGCAAGAAAUCGAGUUGGAGAGGGCAGUCCGAGUGAUAUGAAAAGUGCUUCCACCUGGCAGGCAGCUCCUUCAGAGCCAAUCAGGCUUCAGGUUGUCCAAACAUCACCUGUUAGUAUCUACCUGUCCUGGUGGAGGCCAAAAUAUCUCCAUGGUAACCUAAAGAAGUACCAGCUGUACAGAGAUUCACUUAACUGGACAAAAGAUCAAAUUGUUCAAGAACUUGUGAACAUAGAUUCUCCCUUUAUAAGCCAUACGGUCCGCGGCUUACAUCCUUAUACAACGUACAUUUUCAGAGUAAGAGCUGCCAAUGUUGAAAAUGGUACAGAACUUUGGGGGAACUUCUCUUCACCUAUCACAGUUACAACAGAAAUACAAGCACCGUCAGUCAGUCCCGGAAAUUUCACAAUUCACCAAAUAAGGCAAAGAACGCUCGAGAUUUCAUGGGAGCCUCCUCCAAGAUUUUACCAAAACGGUCCCCUCACUCACUAUGUGGUGAACUACAAGGCCAUCAGUUCCAUAGAUGACUACCCAGAUGUAAACAGACAAUAUUUCCCAGCAGACAGUCUCAAAGCCAACGUUACGGGACUUUUAUCUGGAACGAAGUAUUCUUUCGAAAUUGCUGCGGAGAAUGAGGCAGGGCAAGGCCCAGCUUCUAAUCCGGUCUAUUUCACGACCUCCCCUGAAGCCCCGACAGGGAGUCCCCAGAACCUAAUUGCAAAGAGCUCGUCUCCAACCAAGAUAGAGGUGUUCUGGAAUCCGCCAAACAUUGAAAAGCAAAACAGCAAAAUAUCCUCCUACGUGGUUGAGAUCUCGAAACCUGGAGGAACGAAAGAUAUUUACAUUGUCCAUGAUGAGAAAGGAUUGUCGAAACAUCCAAAGUCAGUUUUCCAUAAAACGAUUGGGAACCUUCAUCCAUGGACGACAUACAAAGUACGUGUGGCUGCUAUCACAAAAGAAGUCCUACAGGGACAAGGACCUUUCAGCUUCGUGAAAACUAUCAGGACCCUUGAAACUAGUAAGUGA